UAGUUGGCGAGCCCACUUCUCCUUCGUCAGGAAAAACUCGGCGCUCUUCGGUCUCAGUCAGAAAGAAAGGAAAAAACGAGAGAGACAGAAAGCUCCGCCGUUCGGACGAAACACGACGACCGGCGUUGCCGCGUUGGCUAACCGCUCUCGGCCGCACCGCAUGCCGGCUCCCGCCACGCUCGCCGCCUUCAACACCCUCGUCGCCUCGCUCGCGCGCUCCGGCCGCCCCUCGCAGGCGCUCCUCGCCUUCCGUGACAUGCUCGCGCGGGGCUUCCCUCCCGACCACUUCACCCUGCCCCCGGUCCUCCGCAGCUGCGCGCUCACCGGAUCCGCCGCCCUGGCCGCCUCCUCGCACGCCCUCUCCGUCAAGCUCGGCGCCCACGGAAACCUCUUCGUGGCGUCCGCGCUCGUGCAGUGCUACGCGGGCAUGUCCAACCUCCCCGACGCGCGGAGGCUGUUCGACGGAAUGCGCGAGAGGGACGCCGUUCUGUGGACGUCCAUGCUGUCCGCGUACGCGCAGGGUGGGCAGCCGGAGGAGGCUCUGCGGCUGUUCCAGGGGAUGGUGGUGGCCGAGGUGCAGCUGGAUGCCGUGGUCAUGGUCAGCCUUCUUCUCGCGUGUGGACAGCUCGGGUGGCGGCGCCAUGGGAGAAGCGUGCAUGCGUGCUGCGUCCGGAUGUUCCUGGGGAUGCCGCUGUCUCUGGGGAACGCGCUUGUCGACAUGUACGUCAAGUGCGGCGAGCUUGAAUUCGCCGAACGCGUAUUUUCUGCGAUGCCCAGGCGGGAUGUUAUCUCGUGGAGCGCUCUGAUUGUUGGCCAUGGUUUGAAUGGGCGUCCUGAUGUCGCUUUGAGGCUCUUCGAUGAAAUGGUGGCCAAAGGAGUGGAACAGAACUCGGUCACCUUUCUCGGCGCCCUGUCGGCCUGUGCGCAUUCAGGCAUGGUGGACAAAGCGUAUGCUAUAUUCGAGCAGAUGAAACAGCGGGGCAUCAACCGUGAGCUGAAGCAUUACUCUUGCAUGGCUGAUGCGUUAGGGAGGGCAGGCCGUGUUGUUGAAGCAGUAAAUCUCAUAGAGGAGAUGCCUUGCCAGCCUGACGAGGCUAUCCUUGGUAGUGUAUUGGCAGCUUGCCGGGUGCAUGGUGAAAUGGAUGCUGCUGAACGGAUUUCAAAGAGAUUGAUGAGCAUGUCUCCUGCAAAGAGCGGCUACUACAUGAGCUUGGCAAACAUAUAUUCAGAUGCUGGAAGGUAUGGUGAUGCAGAGAGAAUAAGAGGCUUCAUGAAGGAAGUUAAAGUCGACAAGCUUCCUGGAUAUAGUUCAGUUGAACUCGAUGUUUCCGUCUCUGAAUCAAAAAAUGUAUAAUUAGUUCCAUAUAGUGCGCAAUGGAUUUUGAAGCAUUUAAGCUGUUUGGCAAGUCUGGUGGCAUACACUCAGUGCAGUGUAUGCUUUGAAGAAAGAUAUAAGCACCUGGUGGAUGGGAAGUGCAAAUGAGAUAUGACUUGGCAACUCAACAAGACAGUUUUGGGGAGGAUUAUAACAUUCCAGAGAGAUGCUGAGUUAGUGCACUCAUAGUGGAAGUGUUUGAUUAUGACAUUAGCGACAUGGUAGUUGCUGAGUUAGUGUUGUCAAAUUGUGAAGUGUCAAGAGGUGUGGGGAAGUCAUUUCUUCAAGCAGACAAGGACAAAAUUCAAGAGGCUGAUGAAACAGCACAUGAUGAUCACAUACAGGAAGCACACAGUCCUCCUACAUGUACUUCAGUCAUGAGAGAAUAUAUGGCUCGUGCUUGAUGAGUUGCUAAUGAGGUUCAAAUAGCUUCUGAAACUGACACAGGAUUAUCAUCAAAUAUGUGAGCAUCUGACUAGCAAGGUGUAAAUUAAGAUCGAUGUUGUAUUCACAGGAAAGUCUUUAAGAAAAUGCGCUGGUACUGCUGGCAACUGGCAAGGCUUAUUCGCUGGUAGAAUUUCUCUGUUCAAAAUAUGAUCUUACGAUGGAACUGGACUACCAAAAGGAACGCGAUAAUGUUUGUCUGUGGUUUCUAUUGGCCAUGUCAAUGAUUGUUUCAGUAAUGGAGAUUUUGUUCAAACUCCGUGGUAUCAAGUGAUUCUUAACUAGGAAAAGGUCCAUAUUACCCACCCGACUUUCAGGUUCAUGUGUUUCAACCACCUAAAAUUCCUCAAGACUUAUGUGAUGUACCGGGGAAUUAGCGCUGUUGAGGAAAGGAGACGAAGUUACUGGCAGCGAGGAAGCAGCUGGCCAAGUUCUUAGGGGUUGUUUGGUUUGUGACUAACUUUGCCAAAGAUUGCCACAUCUAAGGUUAGACAAGUUUGACCAACUUAGGUGAGUGUUUGGUUCAAGCCACAUCUUAGGCAAGCCACACUUGGACCCCACAUGGCAUACACACAAAAAAUGUGGCAAGAUUCUCUUAGGCUUGCCAACUUGUGGCUCUCAAUUUGAUGAACUAACCUUAGUCAAGUUUGGCAAAAAUAUGUGGCAAAGUGUGGCAAUGCUAGUCCUAAAACCAAACAGCCCCUUAAUCUGGCCACAGCGGGGACAGACAAAGUUGUUAGCCACUAUUCAAUUUGACUGUAUAAGGCUUUGUUUGGCAUUGGAGUUGAUUGUGUUAACCCGAUCGGGUUUAGCUGGUUUUUGAUUAUUUCGUACUCUCUUCAUCCCAAAAUAAGUGCGUAAGUACUAACAUUAAGACACUUGUUUUGGGACGGAGGGAGUAUUCCACUGCUGCCUACUACAUCCUGAUUUUUGUACGGUAAUGUUAACAAUCAGAUGUCAGAUUUUUAGCCAUGGUAAAUCGAACGUUUUUUAGUUUAGUUGUCAUGAGGAUGACGAUUUCCUUUAGCAAGCAUGAUAAAUCCUUGCCAUAAAAAUGUUUGAUUGCCAAUGCUAAAAGAAUCUGACGUUCGAUUUGUAGCAAAAUCCUUUUUAUAUGGUGCUACUGUCAUUGUGUUUGGUUGCCAUGGUAUAGCAACCGACUUAUAUAUGAGCUCGCU